AGUUCCAACUCAAGUUGUGCAAACGUCAAGUGUGUCGCCCACACGGACUCCAAGCUCUCAGCCUGCACGAAUGCAACCUCCGUGGCAGCCUAGGAUGCGUAAAAACAACCAAUAACUGUAGAACUGGAGGCUUGCUUGAAGGAUUUUUAACCUGCGCGCAUCGUGCGUAAAAGGCGCACUGACUCCUUUUUUUUUUUUUUUCCUUUUUUUUUUUUUUUAAUUUAAGGUUGCGGUGAGAUUUGAAUCAUGCUUAAAAUGACCGAGGAUCACGACAAGUGUGUGGGCGACCACCCCUGCAGCCCCUCGGGCAGCAACAGCUCCAUGUCUCAGGAUGACUCCGACUCCGACGCGCCGUCCUCGCCGACGGGCUCCGACGGCCAAGCGUCUCUGCUCGCCGGUUUGGCCAAGAAGUUGGACUCGGAGGACGACGAUCGUUUCCCGGCGUGCAUACGGGACGCCGUCUCUCAGGUUCUGAAGGGCUACGACUGGUCCCUGGUGCCCAUGCCGGUGCGGGGGAACGGAUCCUUGAAGAGCAAACCGCACGUCAAGAGGCCCAUGAACGCCUUCAUGGUUUGGGCCCAGGCUGCCCGCAGGAAGCUGGCGGACCAGUACCCGCACCUGCACAACGCCGAACUGAGCAAGACACUGGGUAAACUGUGGCGUUUGCUCUCGGAGAGCGAGAAGAGGCCGUUUGUGGACGAAGCGGAGCGUCUGAGGGUUCAGCACAAGAAAGACCACCCGGACUACAAGUACCAGCCUCGGCGACGGAAGAAUGUCAAACCGGGCCAGAGCGACUCGGACUCGGGCGCCGAGCUGGCCCAUCACCACAUGUACAAAGCCGAGCCGGGGAUGGCGGGACUGGCGGGGAUGUCGGACGGCCACCACCACCCUGACCACGCCGGACAGCCCCACGGUCCCCCGACGCCGCCCACCACCCCCAAAACGGACCUGCACCACGGCCCCAAGCAGGACCUGAAGCACGAGGGCCGCCGCCUGCCCGACAACAACAAUGGCGGCAGCAGGCAGAACAUCGACUUCAGCAACGUGGACAUCUCGGAGCUCAGCACCGACGUCAUCAGCAACAUGGAGACGUUCGACGUGCACGAGUUCGACCAGUACCUCCCCUUGAACGGCCACGCCUCCUCCGCUUCCGCCGCCGCCGCCCUGUCCUCGGAGCACGGGCUGACCGCCUACGGCUCCUCGUACGGCGGCUGGAGUCGCAAGAACGCCAUGUCCUCCUCGCCGCCCGAGGUGGCCCAGCACCGCCUCCACAUCAAAACGGAGCAGCUGAGCCCAAGCCACUACAGCGACCACUCCCACGACUCGCCCUCGCACCCCGACUACGCCACCUACAGCAGCCAGGCCUGCGUCACCACCUCAGCCGCCUCCUUCCCCGCCUCCCAGUGUGACUAUACCGACCUCCAGAGCUCCAACUACUACAACCCUUACUCCGGCUACCCCUCCACCCUCUACCAGUACCCCUACUUCCACUCCCCCAGGCGGCCUUACAGCAGCCCCAUCCUCAACAGCCUGUCCAUGGCGCCUGCUCACAGCCCCACCGCCGCCAGCUGGGACCAGCCCGUCUACACCACACUGACCCGACCUUAGAUCGGGGCCAGGGACGUCGGGUCGAAGCACUACUAACGAAGGAAGCAAUUAAAAAAAAAAGUGCCUGCUGAUUUUAUACAAAAAAAAACACUUCUUACGGACUUUUUGUACACCAAGAGAAAUAUAGGCGGCGCCUCCAUGAGGAUGUAUUCUCGCCUGUACGCCUACGUUGUGUACAUUCCCCGCACUAACAACCUCUUUUACACAGAAGUCUCCCUCACACUGCCUGCAAAAGCCACGGCCGCCUUUUUUUAAUCAAAGCCGUAACAGAGCCGGGACAUCACCUGUGUGAAAGGAUAUCUUGCAAUGCUAGAUGGAUAAUAAUUAAAUAGAUAAUCAAAUUUUCGGGAUUAUUUUUAGUCCCCCCCGCUGACGAGCGGCUAGCAGCUAAUGUGUCUCCAUAAACCUCUAAACUAAUAAUAACAAUCUCCACUUCAGCAAAUAAGCUGCAUUUAUUUGUACUAGAGAUGUCGGUAAAUGCUUUAAAAUGUAAUAUCGGAAAUUAUCUGUAUCGUUUUUUUUUUAUAUCGGUAUCGGUUUAUUUUAUUUUUAUUUUUUUUAUUAAAUCAACAUAAAAAACACAAGAUACACUUACAAUUAGUACACUAACCCAAAAAACCUCCCUCCCCCAUUUACACUCAUUCACACAAAAUGGUUGUUUCUUUCUGUUAUUAAUAUUCUGGUUCCUACAUUAUAUAUCAAUAUAUAUCAAUACAGUCUGCAAGGGAUACAGUCCGUAAGCACACAUGAUUGUGCGUGCUGCUGGUCCACUAAUAGUACUAACCUUUAACAGUUAAUUUUACUCAUUUUCAUUAAUUACCAGUUUCUAUGUAACUGUUUUUAUAUUGUUUUACUUUCUUUUUUUAUUCAAGAAAAUGUUUUUCAUUUAUUUAUCUUAUUUUAUU